AUGAAGGUAGCUUGGCAACGAUUGAUUCGAUUCGUCUCAACUGACGGGCGUCUUCUGCGCGGAGAGCCCAUCCUCCCGACUCCCGACUUUGAUCUUGGAAACACGACUGAGGAGACGAAACUUCAAGCUCGAGUUAUCGAGGGAGAUGACAUUUAUGACACAACUGGUGUCACGCGUGUUACAGAUGAAGUGGUUACGGUCAAGACCUUGCUAGGCCCGCUGGUAGCUAGCGAUGUACCCAUUCUCAGAUGCGUGGGACUCAACUAUGCUACACACAUUCGUGAAGCCGGACGAAAGACCCCGCCAUUUCCAUCCAUCUUCUUCAAGCCUUCAACAACAAUACAUGACCACGGAAUUAACGUCAUAAUUCCCAAAAUCGCGCAGGAUGACCAAGCCGACUACGAAGGAGAACUGGUCAUAAUCAUUGGGAAGGAUGCCAAGAACGUUGGUGAGACUGAGGCUCUCGACUACGUCGCCGCUUAUACAGCAGGCAACGACAUUUCCUCUCGAAAAUGGCAGAGAGACCCGAACCUCGCUGGUGGCGUACCGCAAUGGGGAUUUUCCAAGGGCUUCGAUACGUUUGCGCCUCUAGGCCCCGUGCUGGUUUCAAGCUCUGUGAUAACAUCACCUGAGUUACUUCACUUACAGACAAUCGUCGACAGUGAUGUUCGACAGGACGCAAGACUCGACGAUCUUGUCUUUUCUAUUCCUCGUUUAAUUGCACAUCUCUCCUCCGGAACUACGCUGCAGAAAGGGAGUGUUAUCAUGACCGGUACUCCGGGAGGUGUUGGUGCUGGAUUGAAGCCACCGAAAUACCUUGUACCUGGAACGAAGAUGGAAGUCAAGAUUACUCAUAUCGGCACUCUCAAGAACGGCGUGGAUUAUGAAUAGUCGAGGAACGCUUGGUACAUGAAGAAAUGUCAUGCAUGUAGCUACACAUGCCAUAGAUCUAGAGACGUCUUACUCGUGUCACUCAGCUAGAAAGUACAGCGCAUAUCGAGAGGAACAAAAAGAGUUUUUGGCUUCCAAAAUCCAGAGAGACUAACUGC